AUGAAAUUUAGUAUGAUUAAUAAUGAAUCGUCAAGAUAUGAAAUCCUACCAAUUUCACCACCCUUAGAAGAUAAAAAAGAGGAGGAACAUGAGGAAGAACAUGAGGAAGAACAUGAGGAAGAACAAGAGGAGGGACAAAAUGAAACUCCUCCAAUAAAUAAUAAUACUAAUCAAGAUAUCUUUCAUAAUAUUAUUAAUAAUAAUAAUAGUUUAGAUGAAACACUUUCAAGCCAACCAUUUGAAAAUAAUAAUAAUAAUAAUUUUAUUGAAAAAAAAGAAGGAAAUAAUAAAAUAAAUACUAAAAUUUUAGAUUAUAAUAAUUUUAAUGAUAUUGAUAUUGAUGACGAAAAAGAUAAAAUAAUUCCUCCACCACCACCUCCAAUAGAUUCACUUUCAAAUUUAAGCUCUUCUAAUUCCUCAAUUACUACCAGUAGUUCAACAACAACAGCAACCGCUACCACAAUACCAAAUGAUAGUGAUAUUAAUGAAGAAUGUAAUAAUAACGAUAAUAACAAUAAUAAUAACGAUGAUAAUAAUAACGAUAAUAAUAAUAAUUCUGAAGAUAUUAAAAUUAUAGAUGGAGAUUGUAAUGAUCAAUUUCAAUCUACAGAAAGGUAUGCAGAUGAUUUAAAUGAUUUUGUAAAAAUAUCACCUUAUAUUGAAACAAAAGAAGAAGAUGAAGAACAAACACAAGAGAAUAAUACUCUUUUAAAUCUAGACGGUACUGCUACAACAAUAACAACAACUACUACUACUACAACUUCUAAAUCAACUGUAACAAAUUUAUUUUCAAAAGCUGCAAAUACAUUUACAUCAAUUAAUAAUUUUAUAAAAUAUUCAAUUAUUUCUGAAGAAACUGAAGAAGCAUUAGGACAUAUAAAUUCAUUAUUAAAUCAAUUAUUUAAAAAUGUACCAUAUAGUAAAUUACAAAUUAUGUUAGGAUUAUCAUUAUUGGAUAGUUAUUAUUCAAAUUCACAUAUAACAACAGGAUCAUUUGUUUGUGAUAAAGAGUUUAUAGAUAGAGCGGCCUAUUAUAUGAAAUUUGCAAGUGCAACAUUUGGUUGGAAAUAUAUCUAUGGUUAUUUGUAUAGUAAGAAGGUUAAGGGAUUCGUACAGGGUGUUGCGCAAGGUGAUGCAUUGAAUGAUAUAGUUCUAUGUGAAUACACUGGUAUAGCGAAAGAGGAUAUCAUCCUAACCAAAUGGGUAUCGACUAAUUUCGAUCCUGGUCAUUAUCUAUGCUUUGAUCAUAAGAAUAAAUCUGUGAUCUUUUCAAUUCGUGGCACAUUUGGUGCACGCGACAUCUUGACUGAUUUAGUCGCCAAUCAAACCAGUUUCCUCGAUGGGAAAGCGCAUACUGGUAUGUUGAGAUGCGCCCAAAAGAAGUUUGACGAUGUUGUGCCCAUAAUAUUGGAAAGUUUGCAAAAGUAUGAUAAAUACUCUUUGAUUGUGGUAGGUCAUAGUUUGGGUGCGGGUGUGGCGUCAUUAUUUACAAUACUAUUCAAAAACACGUUCCCUGAUAUCCCAAUUCAUUGUUACUCAUUCGCAACACCCUGUGUUACAUCAUCGGAAUUGGCUCUAUCAAUAGAGUAUCGUCCAUUGAUAGACACAUUCGUAUUCAAUGAUGAUAUUGUACCAAGAUUAUGUUAUGCCUCAUUGGAACAUUUAAAAACUUUGGUUUGCUCAAUUUUGGAACAAAACGAUAGUGUAUUCAAUCUAAUAUUUCAAACUAUUUCCGCUGGUAAUCAAUUGGGUGAAGGAUUAACAAAUAAAAUGGACAGUUUUCUAAAGUAUAAACGUGAUAUUAAAUUGAAAUAUGAGGAAUUGAAAUUAACUGGUGACUCAAUGUUACCACCUGGUAAAGUGUAUAGAAUCUAUAAACCCGAUAAUGUAAACUACGUAAUGGAAGAAUCAAAUCCUUCCUUCUUUAAAGAAAUCAUCAUUUCAAAUACUCUAAUCUCUGAUCAUAUGCCCGAUAAAUAUGAAUUGGCCUUUAAAUAUUGUAUUGAUAACUUAAACUCAAUCAAUCCUUUUAUUGAUUUAGAUAAAGAAGAUAUAGUUGUAUUAAAUAAUAAUGAAGAAUUAGAAAAUGAUAUUGAACAUCAACUUGGUGCUCAAAUUCAUCAAUUCGAAAAAGAAUUAUUUAAAAAUAAUCAAAAUUAUAUUAAUAAUAAUUUAGAAAAUGAUUUAAAUAAUAAUAAUAAUAAUAAUAAUAAUAAUAAUAAUAAUAAUAAUAAUAAUAAUAAUAAUAAUAAUAAUAAUAAUAAUAAUAAUAAUAAUAAUAAUAAUAAUAAUAAUAAUAAUAAUAAUAAUAAUAAUACCAAUACUAUAAAUAUUGUAAAUAAUACUAAAUCAAUUGACCCCUCAAAAAUAACUUUAAUUAAAAAUAAAGAAAAUGAUGAUAUUAUUCCAUUAACAACAACUAUUGCCAAAUCUCCAAGAAAUGAUUCAAAAAAUGAUGAUUCAAAAAAAGAUGAUUCAAAAAAAGAUGAUUCAAAAAAAGAUGAUAUAAAAGAAGAAACAAUUAAAAGUCAAAGUGUCUUUGAAAAAUUAUGGAAUAAUAAUUUAUUUUAA